AUAUCCUCUGUCUCACCUACUCCUCCAGUCGUUAGCUUGGCCUUCUCUAGCUCUUGUUCAUUUGUGUCACCUGGCCGCGUAGACGCGCUCAGUAGCCUCAUGCCCGAUCAGCAGCCGUGUUCCACGUCUCCCGACUGGAUGAAAGCGACUCUCAGCUCUGCCGGAAAACUCACUGAAGUCGAUAUCAGAAUCGGAACCGCCGUCGUGACUGGCUCCCCUAAGCAGCACAGGCUAUCUUCUGAGACACCCUCCGACAUCAGUCCGCCUUUCUAUAGCUCAAGAAUCAAUCAAGUCGCUCCUGGUUUGUUACUUAAGGCUAGAUUUAUAUCCUUGUAA